AUGGCCGCAGGAGCUGGAGCAGAAGCAACAGCACACGGUAAAUUACAAAUUGAAGACAUUGACCAGGCACCGCUGGAAUUUCUUGCAUCUAUUAGCGGCUAUGGCAAAGAGCCUCUUGUUUCACUGGAACAAGCAGUUAAACCACUUGUUCCGAUCCUAUUAGAAGUUCAAAGCUACGCAUAUGUUGCCAAACAACGAUGUAAGAAUCCUGCCGAUGGAUUGACAGAAGAUGAAUCCGCUUCUAUUAUGCUAUACACAAUGGGAUGGGAGCCACUCGAUCAAUGCCUAUAUUUCGUUUUGAAUGAAACAUUACGUGCAGAGGAUCGACAACAGAAACUCAAACCGUGGUAUUUUUAUUUAAGACUUUUCCUCAAUGCUCUCUUUCGUCUUCCACCAAUUCGUACAACUGCAUACAGAGGAGUUAAAUUAGACCUGAGCAAGCGCUACGUUGAAGGAGCAACAAUCGUGUGGUGGGGCUUCUCGUCAUGCACAACGGAUAUUAAUGUUCUACAAUCAGAACAAUUUUUGGGGACGGUAGGUGACAGAACGAUGUUUUCCUUACAAUGUCAAUCAGCUAGAGAUAUUCGCAAGCAUUCAUAUUAUCCACCUGACGAUGAAUUACUUCUUAUGGCUGCUACUCAAUUCAAAGUAACGAGCUGUCUUGACCAAGGAAACCUUCACAUUGUUCUACUGGAAGAAACUCGUCCUCCAUUUCCGCUCUUACAACCGGUACCAACUGUUGUUCCACAAUCGAUCACUCCAAUCCUACCAGGUUCAUUAUCUGAUCCAUCAAAGACCAGUCCUUUCUAUGAUGCAUGCCGAGACAAUAAUAUCAGUUUGGUUGAACAUUAUUUGCAAAAUAUGACAGUGGAUGAAGUUAAUCGAAUGGAACCAAAUGGCUCUAGUGCACUUCAUGUAGCUGCAUAUCGGGGACAUGAGAAGAUUGUUGAACUGUUAUUGCAGAAAGGUGCUAGUUAUUCAGCAGUAAAUAAAUAUAACUGUACUCCACUUGACGAAGCUAAAACCGAUAAAAUAAGACAGUUAAUUCGUCGUCGCAUGAAUCAGAAACGUUUCGUCAGUGACUCCAUCGAAUGGAUUCUUCAAACAGAUAAUGCCGAUUACCAAGCACAUGAAUAUUUUAAUAAAUUGGAAUUAUAUGGCCAAGAUCGACACUAUUAUAAGUUGAUUGCUUAUAUAAGGAAAAAUUAUCUCGAAAACGAAUUACAAGUUAUAGAUGGUAUCAAUACAAUAAAAGAAUACUUUGACAAAGCAAUCAAUGAGAAAGAUCCAACUUAUUUAUUAACAGCCAAAAUUGGAAUCAUUGGAAUCAUUGCUUGUCAUCCAAAAUUCGAGACAUUAUCAUAUAUUGGAAAAGUGUUUCGUGGUAUGAUGAUUACUGCUAAUGAUGUAAAAAAAUACAAGGUUGGUUCACGCAUUUUAACUAAAACAUUUUCGUCGACAUCAAAAGAAAGGAAACUAGCAUCAACUUUUCAUAAAAAAAACGCUGAUACAGAUGAUCGAUUAAGUACUCUAUGCAUCUAUGAAAUACGUAAUCAAAGGACUGCAUUAGACAUUCAACACAUAUCAUUAUUUCAAUAUGAAGAGGAAGUAUUAAUUCUACCAUAUUCAGCAUUUAAAAUAAUCGAUAUCAAACAAAAUGAAGACAGUUCACCUCAAGUUGAAAUAAAACUGAAAGAAUGUGAACCAUGGUAG